AUUGGACCCAUAGGCGUAAUCUCUGUUCUAUAGAAUGAUAUGCAAGAUCAAUGGUAGUGGAGGAUAUAGAAGCUCUGAAGCUGUCCGGCGGUCAUCUCCAUGGAUUCAAACACCGAUUUAGUAGAUGUAUAAAUUAUAAAUACCUGAGCCAAUCAAUUGCAUAACUGUUUACUUCUCCCCCAACAACAACUCAAGAUGAAGUCAUUCUCCCUCUUUUCCGCAGCCACUUUGGCUUUGGCAUUUGCUCCAUCAGCAUUCUCUUUGCCACAAGCCUCACCAGUGGCUUCAUCAUCGUCGAGCGCAUCUUCUUCCGCUUCAGCUUCAGCAAGUUCAGCAACGGGUACAUCAGCUAAUUCAACAGUAUCCAACGUCAACUCCACCAGCGCAAAUGUUCCUGCCGCUGGUCCAUAUGGAUUGGAUAACGUUCGAUGUGAUCCAAUCACUUUGACCACUAAGAUCAACAGUUCAAACGUCAACUUUACCAACGUGGAUGACAACUAUAACAAUGAUACCUAUAUCCUUCAAGAAAUUCUAGAAUAUACCACCGAUCAAACAAAUUGGACAGCCAAUCACAUGUCAAAGGAAAAGCAACCAUUCAAUGCAACGUAUGAUAUCUCUGGACAUUACUGCACCCCAAUUCAAAACGCUAAACAAAACAGCAGUUUAUUGUUUGCCGUUCAUGGUAUCGGAUUCGAUUCCAAGUAUUGGGAUUUCUCUUACUCCAAAAAUUAUUCUUUCGUUCGUCAUGCUGCUAGUCAUGGUUACUCUUCCUUCAUCUUUGAUCGUUUGGGAUGCGGAAACAGUAGCAUACCCAAGACAGGUGGUUUCUCCGCCCUUCAAGCACCAACUGAAGUUGCAAUCGUUCAAAACCUUUUAGGACAAUUGCGCAAUACAACCGUUGUUGGCAACAAAAAGUUCGACAAGAUCACUUACAUCGGUCACUCUUAUGGAUCAGUUUUGGGUAACGCAGUCAGUGCUACAACCCCUCAAUUGAUCGAUAAUUUGGUAUUGACAGGCUUCAGUGCAAACAGCUCUUACAAUGCCAACUUUGCUCAAGCAGGAGCAUUGCAAAAGUUCAGCGAAAUUCAAGGAUUGACAAAUAACACUCAACCUGGAAUUUACAUCGGAUCAAACAAUGUUUCUGCUGUUCAAUUGUUCUUGGAUCCUCCAAACUAUUCUCAGCAAGCAGCAUUGUUAGGCUUCCAACAAUCUCAACCUUUGACUUUAGGUCAAUUUUUCUCCUUGAGUACCGUCUCUGCACCUGCAAUGAACUAUACAGGACCGGUCUUUGUCGUUGAUGGUGAACGUGAUUUCCCAUUCUGCGGUAGACAAUGCAACGCUGCUUCCGGAAAUUAUUCAAACAUGGCAGCAGCAUCACAACAAUUGUUCCCUGCAACAAAGAACUUUACAAGUUAUCUACAGCCAUACACUGGUCAUGCUAUCUCCCUUUCUCCUUACAGUGGUGAAGCAUAUGAGCGUGUAUUAGCACAAAUCAUUGCUACUGGCAAUUGAUCGUGCCAAUACAUAGUAAGUAACUUAUGCCAUAUACUCUUUUUCCAUAGUCAUCUCUAAUUAUAUUCGUCUUCUUCACUAAACAUUUUGGAACCGUCAUGAGAUUAAACUACCAUCAGUCAAUAUCUGGGUGAUCCCGUGUACUCGGGUCUAACUUUACACGACAAAUGCAACUUCCAUAAACCAAAGCGCCCCCAACCACAGCGAUUCGGUUUUAUCCAUCAAUUAGAGACAUGAGCAGCCAAAUACGAAACUGUACCUAUCGGUGUAUCCUUCCUUGAAAGCCACUUACUCGGUGCAGUCCUGUAACGAUUAAUGUUUUUGUCCUGUUGCUUCCCUUACCAUAGCAUCAGCCGCUUUGCCAUGAAAAUAAACUUGUUCAUGUAACCUUUUCCUUGAGGAAUAGAUUCUGUCUUCA